CAGCGAGGGAUAAGCCGGAUUAAGGCACACACCAGGCAUCUGGAAGGAGCAGAGAGAUGUCUUACAAGCGUGGCACCUGCCUAGGGUUCAUCAUGCUCCUCAUGGUCUGUCAUCACCACGCCAGGGGGAAACCACUGUCCAGCCUGCAGAGCUUGUCCAGGUUGCUAGAAGAUAACUUUGAGCGUUCCUACGCUUCCGAUGAGGCGGACCCACAGCUGGUACCGACCGAUUCCCUGGACCAGCUGGAACCGGAACUUCAGUGGAACAAAAACCGGGUCGAGCAAGGCGGCGGUCCCCACGUUAACGAGAUGACGCUCCAGCAGCUGCUCAACGACCCCGUCGGUACGCCACGAAGAUACAGACAAAGGAGCAAAAAGGGCUAUUCCAGAGGAUGCUUCGGGGUGAAGAUGGACAGAAUCGGAGCAUUCAGUGGGCUCGGGUGCUAAGUUAUAGGGUCAGCGUCACUCAGCAUUGAUGGGCCUGGAUACCAUUCAGCUC